AUGAUACCCUCCAAGAUGAUGAGUGCUAAUCCUGAAGAAGACCCUUUGGACAGUUUUCUCCAGUAUAUUGAGGAUAUGGGGAUGAAAGCAUAUGAUGGGCUGGUUAUUCAAAAUGCAUCUGACAUUGCCCGUGAGAACGAUCGCUUGAGAAAUGAAACAAAUCUGGCUUACCUGAAAGAGAAGAAUGAGAAACGGCGAAGACAGGAAGAAACAAUCAAACGCAUAGGGGGAGAAGUAGGGCGAGGCCAGGACGCCAGCUACGCAGGCAAGCAUUUCCGCAUGGGGUUCAUGACGAUGCCUGCUCCACAGGACAGACUCCCACACCCCUGCUCCAGCGGAUUCACUGUGAGAUCUCAGUCCCUGCACUCCGUCGGAGGCACCGAGGACGACAGUAGCUGUGGAUCCCGAAGACAGCCACCUCCCAAGCCCAAGCGAGACCCCAGCACCAAGCUUAGCACUUCAUCUGAGACCGUCAACAGCACUGCAGCCAGUAAAAGUGGGAGACCCCUGGAGAGGCCAGAAGGUAAACUCACCACGCCCACUUCCCAGUCAUCUCCAAAAGCUUCAGCUUCUGGGAACCUGUUUCCUUCUCCUGAGUCCCAGGAAAGAAACAUUAAGGUGUCUGCCAAGCCAAGACCCCACAGUGACGAAUAUUCAAAGAAAAUCCCCCCACCAAAACCAAAACGGAAUCCCAACACUCAGCUUAGCACAUCAUUCGAUGAAACCUACAUCAAAAAACAUGUGCCAAGAAGGACCUCGCUCCCACGAGAUUCAUCUCUGUCCCAGGUUUGCAGCCCUGCUGCGGACCCGGAAGAAGAGGAGCCCGUGUACAUCGAGAUGGUGGGUAACAUUCUGAGAGACUUCAGGAAGGAAGAAGACGACCAGAGUGAGGCUGUGUACGAGGAGAUGAAAUACCCCAUUUUCGACGACCUCGGUCAUGAUUCCAAAUGUGAUUUCGACCAUCACAGUUGUUCUUCGCAGUGUGCUACUCCCACGGUGCCUGACUUGGACUUCCUCAAGUCUUCAGGACCAUGUACUCCUAAGGGUCUGCUCUGUGACAUACCCCCACCCUUCCCCAACUUACUUUCUCAUAGACCACCCCUGCUGGUGUUCCCACCUGCCCCAGCGCACUGCUCCCCCAAUUCUGAUGAGUCUCCGCUGACCCCUCUGGAGGUCACAAAGCUUCCUGUAUUGGAAAACGUGUCUUACAUGAAGCAGCCACCUGGAGCAUGUCCAUCCUCCCUGCCAUCGCACACCUCCAGCCACACUAAAGACCAGACCGGAGCCCUGGGCCCGGCGCCUGCAGCUUCUGUGCUCUCCUCGUCUCCUCCGCCUCCAUCUACUCUGUACAGAACCCAAUCUCCUCAUGGCUAUCCAAAAAGUCAUUCUACCUCCCCAUCCCCUGUCAGCAUGGGGAGGUCCCUGACGCCCUUGAGUCUCAAGAGGCCUCCCCCCUAUGAUGCUGUGCAUUCUGGCAGCCUCUCAAGAAGUUCUCCCUCAGUGCCUCACUCGACUCCCAGACCCGUGUCGCAAGAUGGGGCAAAGAUGGUCAACGCCGCAGUGAACACCUACAGUGCUGCGCAGAGCGGUUCCAGGUCCCGGACACCAACCAGUCCUUUGGAAGAGCUCACCAGCCUUUUUACCUCAGGGCGUAGUCUGCUGAGGAAGUCAUCCAGCGGCCGAAGGUCCAAAGAGCCUGCAGAGAAAUCCACUGAAGAGCUCAAAGUCCGAAGCCACAGCACGGAGCCAUUACCUAAGUUGGAGAGCAAAGAGAGAGGUCAUUAUGGAUCAGCUUCCUCCAGAGAGCCAAUGAAAGCUCAAGAAUGGGAUGGAACCCCAGGUCCACCUGUGGUCACCAGCAGAAUGGGCAGAUGCUCUGUGAGCCCUACAUUGUUGGCUGGAAGCCACAGUUCAGAACCUAAAGUAAGCUGCAAGCUAGGCCGAUCUGCAUCUACAUCAGGAGUUCCUCCUCCUUCAGUGACUCCUCUCAGACAAGCCAGUGACCUACAACAGAGCCAGGUACCAUCAUCGUUAGCCAAUCGUGAUUGA